AUGUUAACGUCUUCAGUUGAGCUAAUGGAGAACGAAGAUGGAGAAAAGGACACGGAGUCUGAAGAGGCUGAGCUCCGUCUGAAAGUGGAGUCACUGAAGCAGGAGCUUCACGAGUGCAGAGCCGAGCUGACCAAGUUAAAGAAACAACUGAGCCAGUCCGAGAGACUGCAGAAGAGCACAGAGAGCUACAACGAGGACCUGAGGAAACAGGUUGACCAACUGAGCGCAGAUAUUCAUGAACGGAAGAAGAAAGAUAAAGUCAAAGUCGACAGUGAAACUCAGACAGAAGAAUAUGAAUGGACAGAAACUGAUUACUACAACUACUACUAUGGAGGCUACCCUCAGAACCCAGAGGCUUCAGACACUACGGAGGGCCUGAACACAGUAGCAGCAGUAGUGGAUGGAGCUGAUGGCAGCGAAACAGCAGAGGUUUCAACACCAAAUGAAACAGCUGAUGCUAACCCUAACCCCGACGGCAGUGUUGCAGUCACAACAGAGGAGGGGGAUGGAGGAUCUAUAGCUGAUAUGUUGAGGGCCACAGCUGAAGAGGCUAUGACACAGACUGGGUUUAUCUUUGAUGAGACUACUGGGAUGUACUAUGACCACGCCACAGGAUUCUACUAUGACUCGGCCAGUCAGUUGUACUAUGAUAACAACACAGGCAUUUACUACUACUAUGAUGCAGAGAGUGGACGAUACCAAUUUCAUUCCAAGAUUGAGGUGCCUGCUGCACAAACUGCCACAGAGCCUUGCCAAGACAAGAGCAUUGGUGAAAAGAAGAGCAGAAAGAUUAAGAAAGGGUCCAAGAAAACCUCAAACCGGGAUGAUAAGGAACUCAUAUUUGACGAGGUAAAGUUGGAAAAAGAAGAAGAAACUGAAUGGGUCGAAAAGAAAACGACUAAGAGGACCAAAGAAUCGCGAAAACUGAAGCGGAAGUCUCUCAGUCCAGAUGUGGCUCCACGUAGAAAAGACUCCUCUAAACACAGAGAGGAGAGCGACAAAUCUUCGUCGAAGAGGAAGAAGCAGAAAACCAGUUCACACGAUGACGAUAAUGGUAGAUCAAGGAAGAAAAGGAAGAAGUCCAAGUCAAAAAAGCAGAAGAAGAAAAAGAGCCCGGUUCGGAGCAAGGACUCAGAGGGGAACAGCGAACCAGAAGAGGGUGAGAUCACAGAGUCUGAGAAAGAAGAGUGGGAGUCCACUCCCUCAAUCUCAGCAUCUUCCUCCUCCAGCUCAGAGGAAAGCCCAGAGUCAGAAAUGGAGACGCAGAAUCAUGAAGUCUGGCCGCCCUGUGUGAGAGUGACAGUGGUGAGAUCUCCUGUGCUGCAGGUCGGCACUCUGUACAUCAUCACAGCCGACUCUCCAGCAACCGUUGGCAGAGAGAAAGAUAUGGACCAUGCAAUCCGAAUACCAGAAAUGGGAGUCAGCAAGUUCCACGCAGAGGUGUACUUUGACCAGGAGCAGCAGAGCUACAUGCUGGUGGACCAGGGAAGCCAGAAUGGAACAGUCAUCAAUGGCAACAGAAUCUUGCAGCCCAAAACCAAAUGUGAGCCGCAUGCACUGAUGCACGGCGAUGAGGUGAAGAUGGGAGAGACUGUGCUGUCCUUCCAUAUCCACUCGGGGACUGAUACCUGUGAUGGCUGUGAGCCUGGUCAGGUGAUGGCUCACCUCAGCAAGCACAGGAGAGAGGAGAAUACAGGCCCUGGUCUCACCAAAGAGGACAAAGAAGCACUGAGACAAAAGGAGCUGAAGCAGAUGAAGGCCAAAUAUGGCCUACAGAGCAGCGAGUACGAGGAGGUUAAAGCUCUGAAGAACCCCAGAUACCAGGACCGAGCAGAGUCUAGACGACAGACGGUGGGCAGCGAGGGCGUUUUCCAACGAGAUGAUGCACCCGCUUCUGUUCAUCAGGAGAUCAGUGAAGUCAAUAAAGGACGGAAAAUGCUGGAAAAGAUGGGCUGGAAGAAAGGAGAGGGACUGGGUAAAGAGGGAACUGGCAUGAAAGACCCGAUUGUACUGAAAAUCAGGAAGUCCCAGUCAGGUUUGGGGGCUGGUGCCGCCAUGUCCGUAGACAGCGUCUCCUUGACUAGAUCAAAGUCCCAGAAGAACUGGGAGAAAGCGCGCGAGAGGUUCGCUGAUACGUGCCAGCCUGACGUGCUGUCGCCAAAAACACAGAAGAACAAGUCACCCAAAGCCUGGUGCAAAGGAGAAGAGACUGAGACUACAAACACACAAGCAGGUGUUGAUACAGAUGGACAAAGUUAGGAAUAAGUGAAUGAACUGUGGAUUUCAAAGCUGGGAGGUUUGAUGCGUAUGAGCAACGGGAGUCUCUACUUUCUGAGGAACUGUGAUAUACUGUCUGUAAAUUACAUUGCAUAAGAAAAGUGUUAUCUCACUGAGGAAACGUCGCUGAAAACCCCAUCAACCUAUUGACUCUGAGCUGGUUUCCUCUUAAGUACAACUGUUCUGAAGAGAACAGAAUGUGACCGCAAUUAUGUCUCAGUGAUUAUUCUGUCAAUUUGUACAUCACUGUCAUGUGUCAACCGGUUGUGCAGUGCUGUGCAUUAACAGAAUUUGUAAAAGUCACUGUCUGUGGUUGUAGAAUGUGUUUUUUCUGAACUGUUUGGGAUGUUUACAGUCCAAAAAAAAACUCUGAGGAGCAGCAACAGUGUGUGUUUCACGGUCCACUGUGUCUGUAGUCCAGCCUACAGAGGGCAGAGCUGCCACCGUGCCUCCCAGAACAAAGCAGGACGUGACUCGCCUCCAGUAAAUAUUGACACGGUGAAGCUAUAUUUCUCACAAUGAGAUCAUGCUAUUAUGAGGCAACCAUGGAUCUGUUUAGACAACCCUGUAACUGAUCAUGUUAAACAAGUCACAACUGUUCAGUGUUCCAACGAAAAAACUAAAAAAAGAUUGCACAUAAAAAUUAACAUGCUCAA